CUUUUCUUGGCCGUCGGCUUGCCGCCUCAGCUUCUAAUGGCCCUGCAGGGCAAAAUGCAUCGAAGCCUGUGAGCGCAUUUACGCAGGCAAUACUGUCUACCGUGACGGCUGGGCCCGAGCAGAAGUCGCAUUUCAUGCUCGCCCACGGUGACGGCAGGGCAGCAGAGCGGGCAGUGUUGGUGUUGGUGGGGGCGGUCUGUUUGUGUGCAGCAGCGAGUGUCUUGCACGCCUCCUUGUGGCCUCUGUCACGCCAAUCGACCAGCUGACACUCCUGCAUGGACACAAGAAGGAAGACAACCCACAGGUCCCCCUCCAUUCAUUUCUGUCGUCCAUGUGUGUUCCACUGCUGACCUUGGAGCAGUACACACGCCGGUAGCAGCUCCCGCAACGCUGAAAUCGACACAAGGCAACACCAUGUGCCCCUCUUUCCCCUAUUCGCCUCCUCUCUCUCUCUUGUCGACACCUUCGGCUGUGUCACCCUCUUGGAGCAGACGUCACAUACCGACGCAGUCGAUACACCAUCACCACCUCCAGCGACUCACCGCCAUCUGGCAAGCCUGCGUGAGCAGAUCAAUGGAUACGGAGAGGAGCCUGGCCGGUACUGCGGUUGGUUUGAACGUACCAUGGUGGCCUUAUUCUUGCAGAAGUAGCACUCCAUGCCAGCAGCAGCCGCAGAGCUGCUGGACUGGCGCUGCUGCUUGCAUUUGGACGUUUUCGCUCGCUGCAUCGUCGGAGAUGCUCGAAACAACAAAAAUG